GCGGCGCUGAGACCGGAGCAGCCGGCAACUCCGGGUCUGGAACCGGGAACCCGCGCUCUGCGGCGGGUGCCGGGCGGCGAUGAAGAUCUGGAGCUCGGAGCACGUGUUCGGCCACCCAUGGGACACGGUCAUCAAGGCUGCUAUGAGGAAGUACCCGAAUCCGAUGAAUCCCUGUGUCGUGGGAGUCGAUGUGCUGGAGCGCAGCGUGGACCGCCGCGGCCGGCUUCACAGCCACCGCCUCCUCAGCACCGAGUGGGGGCUGCCUGCCCUCGUGAAAGCGAUUUUGGGAACCAGUAGGACUUUAACAUACAUCAAAGAACAUUCUGUUGUGGAUCCAGUGGAAAAGAAAAUGGAGCUUUGUUCCACCAAUAUCACGCUCACAAACUUUGUGUCGGUGAACGAGAGGUUGGUGUACACACCCCAUCCGAAGAACCCUGCAAUGACGGUGCUCACCCAGGAAGCCAUCAUCACCGUGAAGGGGAUCAGCCUGGGUAGCUACCUGGAAGGUUUAAUGGCCAACACAAUAUCAUCCAACGCAAAGAAGGGGUGGGCUGCUAUUGAGUGGAUAAUUGAAAAUCCUGAAAGCGCUGUGAGCUAACGGGGUCUGCACCUGCGCCUCAGGAUGAACAUGAUGCCCAAAAAAUCAAAGAGGAAAGAAAGAAAGGAAGAAAGAAGUGAGUCCUGAAUACGAUUCAAGGGCCCAGUCUGGGAGAGGUGUGGAAUCUGCUGGACUCCGCCUCCUGCCUGCUCACAGCCUCCGCCAGGCUCCUCCGAGGUGACCCCAGGACGGGAAGCUCCGUGGUGACCCCAGGACAGGAAGCUCGGCCGAGGUGCAGAAGGAGCUUCUCUGUUGCAGAGGGAGACCCAGAGGAAGAAGACCUCUAACAGGAGGAGGACAGGGGCCAUGAAGCUGCCACUUUGUCAUCCCGAUUGCUCAGCAGGGUCCUGGGAGCCGGCCCUGCCCUCAGCCCAGCCGCCCCCACGCCAGCGUUUAGUCAGACUGUUCUUGUGCCUUUGUCUAUUUUCUCCUUAGCAACCGCUCCCGGCUCUUCCUUGCCAGUUCCUGGGGAAGCACUAAAUAGCUCUUCUCUUCUCAGAUCAAUGCCCGUUUCCCUCCCUUGCCUCUUAAAUAACAGUCUUCAACACCAGUCCCUUCACACAUGUCUGGCUACCAUCUGCCAUCUCAGAUGGUGUUGCCAUGUACCCUUCUCUUCCCCUCAUCACUGCACAAAUCUGCACACGCUAGAGUAGGGGCGUCCACCCCCAACGGUGACGUGUGGUUGACAGUGCCGUGAGCUCUCCGAUCAGAGGCAGAAUUGGUCAGGAGAGCAAAGCUCUGUCCUCGGCCUGCACCUAGUCUGUCCUGCCAUCCUGGGACCGGCGACCCCAAGUGCUGAAGGCCCGUGUCCCUUCCCCCCAUUCAGACCUGUCCUCAGGGAGAGCCACCGCUAUCCUGUCAGCUUGGCGGCGCUUCCCAAAUUGGGAGUUUUCAUUUUCCCAUUUUCAAAAGUAAAAUGUACAAUCUCUUUCAAAUUAUAAAGUCUUUAGAGAAGGCCUCCUCCAUAAAGGAUGGUAGAACUGUG